AUGGACAAAAUUUCAUCAAAAUUUGAAGUGUUGAGUAAAAAAGGUUGCCUUGUUAGCUCACCAGACGAUGAUAUAACACUGGAAAUCAAAGGAACAAUACCAGCGGGCGGUUCAACCACAAAAAUCUACGGCGGAAUUUUGUCGAAUUUCGGCGAAAUGUCCGACUAUCGCUCAAUGAAUUUUUUGCUUCAACAUGAUUGUACAGAUCGUGGAUAUUAUGGUGCGAGAGUUCAUGUUGGUUUGUAUACGCGAUGCUUGGAAGCUUUUCUGUUUUGUAAUGUUACUUUUCGGCAAGAUAUAACGAAUAUGGAUGGAGAAUAUAGAUCAAGGGGUAGAGCAGUGCAUUAUAAUUUCUGA